CGAAAUAGCCCUGAAAAAUGGUUGGAUUGGGACCUGCUGAUGUGCCGCCAUCGGCAGCUGUGAAGUUUGUAGGAGCAGGAGCCGCGGCCUGUAUCGCCGACCUGCUCACCUUUCCCCUGGACACGGCCAAAGUGCGACUGCAGAUCCAAGGGGAGGCCAGAGCCCCAGCAGCUGCAGGGAAUGGGUCUGCGGUGAAGUAUCGUGGAGUGUUUGGCACCAUCACCACCAUGGUGCGAACGGAGGGGCCCAGGAGUCUCUACAGUGGACUGGUGGCAGGACUCCAGAGGCAGAUGAGCUUCGCCUCUGUCCGCAUCGGUCUCUACGACUCUGUGAAGCAGUUCUACACCCGAGGCUCUGAUCAUGUGGGCAUCGGCAGCCGGCUGCUCGCGGGGGGCACCACGGGUGCCAUGGCGGUUGCUUUCGCUCAGCCCACAGAUGUGGUGAAAGUCCGCUUCCAGGCACAGGCCAGGUCUUCUGGGCACGCCAGACGCUACUGUAGCACCAUUGACGCUUACAAGACCAUUGCUAAGGAAGAAGGCAUUCGUGGUCUGUGGAGAGGUACCGCUCCAAACAUUGUGCGCAAUGCGACGGUCAACUGCACAGAACUGGUGACGUACGACUUCAUCAAGGAUGCUCUUCUUAAGUCCACUCCUCUGACAGACAAUCUGCCCUGCCACCUUGUGUCAGCCUUCGGCGCAGGGCUGUGCACGACAGUGAUCGCCUCCCCAGUCGACGUGGUCAAGACAAGAUUCAUGAACUCUUCUCUUGGCCAGUACAGCAGUGUCCUCAACUGCGCUGCCAACAUGAUGACCAAAGAAGGACCACUUGCCUUUUAUAAAGGGUUCAUGCCAUCUUUCUUACGCCUGGGCUCCUGGAACGUGGUGAUGUUCGUCACAUACGAGCAGCUGAAACGGGCCAUGAUGGCGGCCAAUCACAACGGCUCAACUAUUCAAUAAUCAUUGUUGUCUGACUGAUGCUGAAGCACAGCAAUGUUGUUUAGAAAUGCCUUUUUACCUUUUGUUUCCUCAGUAUCAAUGUUGUACAAACUGUAUCUGGGCGCAUAAAGGGAAAUACAUGUGAUUGCAAUAGUCAUUAGUCACAGGAUAGCGAGACAUUAAAAUGUGAUCAAUUUAUUCAAAAUCAAUUUAUUUUAGAGCUUGUUUGAUCUGAUGCUUCCUCUCAGCGGAGAGCUUCUCUGGGAACUGAAUGUCAAAAGUGAUGAUGAGGUUUCCUCUCCGUGAAGGAUCCUGGGACUUCGGCAUUCCCUCUCCAGUCACCACUUUUCUGUACGUGGGGCUGAUUGUGUUGUGACAAACGAAACCAGAGACAGGAAAAUGGCAACGGAUGUAGAUGAGAUGCAUAAACCCAAAACAUAUCCAUGUAGAGAACGUCCCUGUUUAACUGUACAGGUGAUGUAUAGUAUUUGAAUUUCUUAUGAGCAUCCCUUCCUGUUCUGAUAAUAAUGUUUAAACGAUUCAAUCAGCUGCAAUAAUAUCUGAGAUUAAUGCCAAAUUAACAAAACUACAAUAUGCACAUGAGUGUUAUUUAGCGUUCCACUCUGGCUUCAGGAUAGCAAAAGCACUUACUGCACAAUUUCAUUGAUGGGGAUAUUGAGUAGCCUGCCAUCUAGUGUCGGCACAUCCACAGAGAAGCCAGUCAAGGCCUGUUGGAGGGGGUUUUGUUUUUUGCAUCAGUGUUUCUUCUACUUAAACCCAAGGCUGACUGAUAAUAAAACCACGUGUCACCGGACUCACCAUCUCCAGAGAGACGUUGGCCUUGUAGAUCAGGUCAUCGUGUUGUCGUACGAACAGAGGGUGACUCUUCUGUCGCACUAUGAACACAAUGUCUGCAGGGAUGCUGUUUGGUCCCUGACGGUAGAGAUACGGCACAAGAUGAUUACACUGUAGUCAGGUUUCUACCCCAAAAACAUGGCAUAAUAAUGUUUUACCAUGCUUUGAUUGAUAAAGAAUAGCUACUUGGACACAUUUUGACCACAAUUUGAACAGAUCAUAUAAAAGAAUUAACUAAUUGAAUGACAAUCAUAUAAGCAUGCGUGAGCUGCUUGAGAGAUGAGACGCCACCUGCUGGUGACAAUGACAGAUCUUGUGGAAAUACUAAGAAUAAAAAAUAUAUAUUUAUUUACCUUAUCAUAUUAAACCAUUACCUUUUUUCUAUUGUC